UUUGGAAAUUGAAGUGGAGUCACCGUGAGUGAGACUACUACCCUUUUGCCGCAAGAUGUAUCGAGGAGUUGAGAUGUUCCCACGCCUGCACCUGCGGCUUGGGGCAAGGGGCUUCAUCGCCUCUGCCUCCGGUGGCGCUGGGAAUUGGGGAACAGGGCUUGCCUUGUGUGCAGACUGUAGACUCGCGAACCACUACCGGUACUCGUGUGUUGUGCCAUUCACAGUAACUCAGUAGGCUACUGUGAAUUGCACAACAGUCUGUAAGUACUCGGUAGGCUAGUCUAGAUCUACGGCACUUGACAUGCUUGAGUUUUCAUUCUGCCGCUGCGCACGAAAAUCAAGCCUAACGUUAAGUCGUGUGUUGUGACUGUGUUGUGAAUUGUGGACGCCAGGCAAAAGUGGCGUCACAGCAUGCGAGACCAAGGCCAGGGCAGUUCGAAAUCCACUGCCAAACGCGGUUCUUUUUGCGAGGUGAAACUUGUUAGCAUUGCAUUGUUUCUAAGAUGGAGAGAAGUCAAGGCGGACCAGUUGAUGGGCCGUCGACCUCAGAUGCUCUCGUUUCUAAGUCCAAGUUAUCUGCAGCUCAGAGAGCUAAAGUAGAGAGGAAUCGACAGAGGGCACUGUUACUAAAACAAGCUCGACUAUCAGCAAGGCCUUAUCCUGAGGGACGUGGAACUAAAAGUUCUGGGAAUGCUGAGGUGUUACUGAAGACUGGACGAGUAGUGGACACUGGGGCAGGGUUCCUAUUAGAAGAAGGGGAUGAAGACCCGCUUGACAUUGUUCCUGUGCCUCAGGAACCUGGCCCAGUUCUUGGUGGUGAUCCUCUACGAUGUGAUGAAUGUGGGCGUGGCUUCCAAGACUCUUACCUCUUCAAACACUUUGAACAUACAGUCUGUGAUGAGUGCCGAGACAAUGAUGAAAAGCAUGCCCUCAUCACCAAGACUGACGCACGGAAUGAAUUUCUUCUGAAGGAUGCUGACUUUGAGAAGAGAGAUCCACCUCUCAAGUUCAUCACCAGGAAGAAUCCACAUCAUGUCAGAUGGGGAGAAAUGAAGCUCUUCCUCAGACUACAUGUAGAGAAGAGAGCGUUGGAGGUUUGGGGUGAUGCUGAAGCAUUAGAAGAAGCAAGGGAACAGAGAGAGAUCAACAGACAGAAACAAAAACAGAAGAAAUUUGACAAGAAAGUUAAAGACCUCAGACGAGCAGUACGAACGAGCAUGUGGACAAAAGACCUUAGUGUUCAUCAGCAUACGUAUGGUGAGGAAACAUGUGAUGAGGAGACAGACAUGUACAGUAAGACAUGCUCAGGAUGUGGACAUGUUGUAAGCUAUGAAAAAAUGUGAACGGGGCAUGAUAAAGUUUAUGUACAAUGCAAUAUAGUGCCUUUAUUGAAAUCGUGUUUAACCCAAAGUUAUUCCUUGAGGAUAUGGAUAUCAUACGGCAUUGCCCUGAUGGAAUCAUGUUCACAUUGAUGAAUCUCAGCCAUUUAUUGCAGGGGUAUUUUAAGUGUACCUGAAUGUGAUGUAUCUUUGAACAAGCACACAGAUCAUUUUCAUCAGGCAGCUGUUGUGUAGGGUUAACCUUUGACAUUCUUCCAUUUAAAAUAUCUUGACCUUGUUUCUUAUGAAAUGUUACCCCUCCCUGGGUGGGAUGGGCGUUAAACUGUAAAUGAUAAUGAAGAUAGAAACAAUUGUCAGGUAACAUGGAGCUUGUAUGGGCAUCAAAAGGUAAUGAUGACCAACCACAUGCUUGACAACUGAGAUGGGGAAUUUGGGUUGCUCCACUAUAAAAUAGGGGUGUGUAAGUGUUCUAAUUGAGGGUUGUAUAAUACACUGAUAAUGAAUGGAUGGUAUAUGUGAAUAAGUAAAGCUCAGUGAAUUUUGAAGGGGUGCCCUAUUUUUGGAGGGGCCUCACAUCUUUCCCUCAAAGAAAUGUUGUCCUCGACAUUUAAGACAUUAUCUACAAGUAACAAAUACAUAGCUACCAAUCAACGAAAAGAAAUAAUCGAUGCAAAAAUGACUAUCCAAUUAAUCAAGAGGAACUACUACUCCUGAUACCAAAUUCUGAUCUACAAUUUGUAUACAAAAUGGUUGUGUAUAAACACAUGUCUACUCAAUGAAUUUUCACAGAAGAAUAGUAUCCUAAAUAUCGCAAGUUCAAGAACAUACAUUGCGUGAAAAAGUGUAAACAUACCAGGCGGUCUUUCCUAAUAGUAUACAACUCUCAAUCAAUUAGAUCUUUAUACAAAAAAAUGGUCCAUACAACACAUUAGUAGUGCUGUUGUCGGGAACAAAAAUCCAUGUCGACAUGUCGCUUAAAAAUUAAUCCCGACAUCGACAAUGUCGACAUGGAAAAGAGAUCGUAAUUUAGGCUCCCUAACAUUUUUUUAGUAACAAUCAUUCGAUCGUGACACAUACCACUCUCUCAAUCAAAUGUAUUCACCUUGACACGAGUGAUUUCCCCACACUAGAUCUAGAUCUAUACAGGCCCAGUUCAGGAAAAUAUAUUUUGACUAAGCUAGAGUGAAUUCACUUCCUAAAUCGCUGAUUUAAUCCACAUUUAUCCUGGAGAAUCAAGUUUUUGUACCACGAUACGGUCUCGAAAGCAUUGCGCAAUCACACUCGGAGCCAAUUUGAGAAUCACCAAUUGCAACAUCAUUGCGUAUUAUACACUGGCGUACAUGUGCUGCAAACGCAAGCUCUUCAAAUUGACAAAAAAUAAUAAAAAUCGAUCGAUAAUUUCAAUUCCACUUCUGCGGCGAUCCGUGCAACGAUCUCCAAUCAAAAGAAGGCAAGUUUUCUGUGACUUUGUGAAAUGAAGUAAGCGCUCAAUUACAGCGGUCACAACUUUGACGAAAACAUUUGUUCGCUGCUGCUCACGUCUAUAUGAAAAGUAAUACAUUGAGGAGCAGCGUAUUAUCAAGCAUGGAAGCGGUGAAUGCAUCGAUAAUUGCAUGGGUACGGUGAACGUGCAUGCUGCUUGCUAGCGCGCUGCACAGAUCUAUCAGAUGAUCGUCGGGCUAGGGCCCCGCGCAGCACUGAUGUAUUUCUGCUGCCACGCAGCUUGCAGGCAUUUGGAUAAAUGCUUCUACCUUUACAGGUAAGCUUUACACUCGUGACUUCGGCUAGACCCCUUUUUAUUUCAUGUUUACAUGUCGAUGUGGGUGCAUGCAUCAGAUUCAGUGUCACAUUCUGUUUGGGGAGCUGAUCAAUUAGGGUUAAACCCGGUCCCCUUGGGUUGACCCUUGCCUGUUUCCCUGGUUCUUCUUCCUCCACGGGCAUAAUGUUAAGACGAACCACACUUGUAACAGUGACGGUAGUCAUUUCCCUGACCUUGCUCUCGUCAUCUCUCACAUCCCUUUGGCCUGGGUGGCCUGCCUUCUACCGACGUUGGUCCAGGUGAGGGUGUCCGAUCCUGCAAGGCUGCCACACACGCUUUCAGUUCGGCCAGUUGUGCCGCAAAGCCUUCAUCAUCUUGAACUCUGGGUGCUGGCUCUUAUUCUUUUGAUUUGCAGGUUGUUCAGCAUUGUCCUCUGCGAUGACGUUCACCCGUGCUGAAGGUCGGAUCCCAGCUUUCAGUUGCCGCUUUGAUUCAAGGGCAACUGCAGUAUGCAAUUUUUCCAUGAGCUCCUCAUCACUGGUUGUGACAGACAAGGAUAAUUUAAGAUCUUGUCUGAUCUGGUCAUUGCACAACCCAGUAAUAAUCGUGUGGAUGAACAUAUUUUGCACAAGGCUGACGUCAUAUUUUAAUCCGGCGGUUGUGUCCUCGAAUGCCCGGAUUAUCUGCUGACGCAGAUCCAAGGCCCACAUCACGAAGCUCUGCGCUGACUCAGCCUUCCCCUGGGUCACCUGCGAAAGCUCUUGGUAUAAUUCUGUGGCAUCCUGCUCCUGAUAAUGUCAUUUCAAGAACGCCUUGAGAGUCCCCAGAUUGAGGUUGGAGCAGCUUUCCAAGUAGGAUCGAAGCCUUAGGCUGGGUUGAAUGGCCUUUAAAACAUUCUUCACCACCUCAGCUUCUGAGUAUCCUUUCGAUAGGGCAGCGUCUAUCUGGUGGUUGAGGCUAGAUAGAGUGAGCCUGUCCUUGUGAUUUGAAUCGCCCACUUGGCCGCUGAUUCGCAGCUCCUAUCUAAUCAUCCGCAUGGGUUGGGCUGGAACUGGAAUCCUAGGCUUCUCUUCCUCUGCAUCUUUUACUACAGGCGUGGGCUGGUCUGGUACACCUUCUGGACUCUCGUCCUUCAACUCUUGCAGACUUUCCUUUAAUGCAGCCAACCUGGCUGCACCACCCUCCUCGUCAUCUCCGAGCUCCCUUACUAGCCGUUGAUGUCGGCGGACCAGAAAUUUCCUGGGCUUCCCCUCUGUCUCUGAUGACAGGAUAGCUAGAUGAGUGCAAACCAUCAGCAGUUGUUGUACUGCCAGACUAAAUAUCGCCUCCUCCACCUCGAACACCAAAUCCUCGAUGUCUGCCAUGUUGAUGAAAGCUCUAUUGUGGAUCCUCUAACUGGUUCUCCUACCACGUUGCCCUUGUAGAACGUUAUUGGUACAUGUAGUCUUACAGUUCCCUGUCCACACCUGUCUUCCAGUCACCUUCACAGCAUCAACGAUUUGAGUUCAGAUGUUCAAACUCCUAAUGGGCGGGGUCGCAUCCUCACCGAUUCCAGGUGGUCGUCCAUAGACAGUAGUCGUGAAGAUUUACAUCUAAAGUUGCUGUCCUGGCAUGGUCGCCAACAUGUUACCCCAGGGGUGGGAUGGGCGUUAAACUGUAAAUGAUAAUGAAGAGAGAAACAAUUGUCAGUAUCAUGUAGCUUGUAUGGGCAUCAAAAGGUAAUGAUGACCAACCACAUGCUUGACAACUGAGAAGGGGAAUUUGGGUUCUCCACUAUAAAAUAGGGGUGUGUAAGUGUUCUAAUUGAGGGUUAUAUAAUACACUGAUAAUGAAUGGAUGGUAUAUGUGAAUAAGUAAAGCUCAGUGAAUUUUGUAGGGGUGCCCUAUUUUUGGUAUAGAAUAUUGGACAUUUUUUUUUUAACAAGUAGGAGGAAAGACAACUUUCUUUAUUUGGUGAUUUUGAUUAAUUAGAGAAAAGUGGUCCUAUAUAAAAGAUAGAUACCUAUAAUUGGGUUACUUUCUUCAUAUACAAUUAUGUAAUUAAAGAAAUUUUCAAUUUCAGUUAGGGUAAAUUGGGGUAAGUGGGACAAUUAAGCAUUUACCUAAGCAUUAC